AUGACAGCCGGCAAUACCAAUGAAAGCCUCCAUACGGCCCCCGACGAUGAACCUUUUACAACGACAGGAGGAGACGACAAAUAUGCACCUGAAACGUCCAUCAAUUUGGAAGCGAUUGGAGAGGAAGCUCUUGCCAUUGACCAUAUUGUUGAGAAGCGUGUGCUUCGGAAAAUUGAUCUUUUUCUGAUGCCGGCCAUGGUGAUAGGCUAUGGGUUGGUAUACUAUGACAAGGCAAUUCUUGGAAGUGCUGCUCUAUUCGGCAUGACGGGUGACCUGCACCUGUCCGUAGUCGACACCUCUUUUACGCCACCAAAGACCGAUACAACCAGACUGAGUUGGGCGACAUCGAUCUUCUAUUUUGGCCAGCUGAUUGGCUCGUACCCGAUGACGUACUUGCUUCAACGCUUCAAUACUAGAUGGAUGCUCGGCCCAGUUGUCAUGAUUUGGGCAGUCAUUUGUGCUUCGACGGCGGGAGUGACCACUUGGCAAGGUCUCCUUGUUCAGCGCUUCUUUCUUGGAUUCACCGAGUCUAUCAUCCCAACAGCUUUCAUGACUACUGUCAGCGGCUAUUACACUCAAAGCGAACAAGCGCUCCGCCAGAGUUGGUGGUUUUCCGGAACGGGCUGGUUCACCAUUAUCGGAAGCGCCCUUAACUACGGGUUUGCUCAAAUACAAGGGGGCUCCUUGAAUUCAUGGCAAUACAUCUAUGUACUCGCUGGAGGUUUAACGUUCCUGUUUGGCAUUUGGUGUUUCUUCCUUCCUAACUCUCCCCUGACCGCUUGGUUCCUCAGCCCGGAAGAGCGACUUGUCGCAGUUGAAAGGCUGCGUCAGGGACAGACUGGCGUGAAGAACCAAACUAUCAAAAUGAGUCAAAUAACAGAAGCACUGCUGGAUGUCAAGGUUUGGCUAGUUGCUUUGACAAUGGCCUCAGGGUAUACGGUCAACGGGGCCGUGUCUGGGUUCGGCCCCCUCAUUGUUUCAACAUUCGGUUACUCGGCUUUGGACAGCAUUCUCUUUCAGUUUCCGCUGGGUGCAAUUUGCGCAAUUGGUAUUCCACUGGCUGGUUGGGUUUGCUCCAAGUAUCGCAACAUCCGGAUCCCGGUGCUUAUAGGCUGCACUUUACCUGUAAUCGCAGGUUUCAUCAUUAUAUGGAAAUCAGACUGGGGCUAUCGACCGGUUGCGCCUGUUGUCGGGUACUCACUGAUCGGCUUCUUUGGGCCUGUCGUCAGCUUAACGGUCACUCUGGGUGCCAGCAACGUUGCAGGAGAAACCAAGAAGAGUUAUAUGGCGUCUGCCGUAUUUGUUGCAUACUGCGUUGGGAACAUUAUCGGUCCUCAGCUUGUGAAAAGCGAGACUAAAGCGCAACAUUACCCAGAGCUCUGGACGGGGUUGACUAUAUGCUACUGUAUCACUAUUCUGUCUGCAUCGGGUCUUUAUUUCAUACUUUCGAGAGAAAAUAGGAGGCGAGAGGCUCUGAACCUGGACGAAUGUGAGCGAGAUAGGCUCGCAUUUAAGGACUUAACCGACAAGGAGAACAAGCACUUCAGAUACGUUUUGUGA